AUGGCUUCGCCGUCCUGGUUUAAACCUUCGUUUAUUCCGCCCCGUCCUGGGCCUGUGACAAUGAAGCAGAGUGCACUGAAUCGCUCCGACGCAGCACAAAGAAGACUUCCUGGCAAGACCUGGGAGCACCACAGUGAAGGCUGCGGUGGGCCUUGGGAGCAUGGAUAUCUUCUGGCAGAGAUCAGGGAGCGGAGACCCGCCCAGGGGGCGGGCAGGUGUGGCUCGAAGUGUGCAACCUGCGACUUGGGGGCCGGGGAAGACAUCGAUGGUUGGCAGCUGAAGGGGAGCAUUCGGGACUUCAGGGGCUUACUGGACAGCCUCAUUUCAUGCUGCACGGGGAGUUUCGCAAGUGCUGGCAAGUCACAGGUCUUCAACAACUCCUUGUACGUCUUCGGCGGCUACAACGGCAGCAUCGAGUGCACAACGGCCUUACAGCUUCGACAGCGCGCCGCCUCGGUGCUCGGGCUCCGUGACGUCACCGCGCUACGCCUGCUACUGUGCAACGUGGAGCUGCAGAACCGCGGAACGUUGAAGUCCGCAGGAGUGAAGGAUGGCGACGUUCUUCAAGUUCUCUUCACCGAAGGCCUCGGCUUCGUGACCUGCAGGGACCGCGUGGCACAGCUCUGGCGGCUCUCAGGCGGUGAGGGGCCAGCGGUCAGUGUGGCCCUUCCCACGGAUGACAACGUGAUGUCGAUGGCAAUGGACCGGAUAUCCAACACCUUGGCUGCCCGAACCGAAAGGACGGUGAAAGUCUGGGAUGUGGGGAGAGGAGAGCUCAUCUUUGACCACGCACACGGCGAGGGAGGAUCGGAGGCUCUGGCCAUCUGCCAGGGGGGGCAGCUUGUUGCAUUCUGGGGCGAUGCCGACGGCGACCCGGGUCAACUGCAGGUUUGGAACAUCCACGAAAAGUGCUGUGUCUGCAUCUGCAGAGAUUGUGCCGCUUUAGUGUGCUUUUCUCCAGACGGUCAGCGAGUUGUCGCCGCCGGCACUUGGGAUACUCCUGCAAGCGUUUGGGACAUUGAAGCCGGGAAGCAGCUUUGGACAUUGGGACAUGGUUCGGAUGGGUUCUUCUCGGGCCUGCUCUUCUCACCUGAUGGCUCCUCAAUCGUCGUUGCCACCCGCGAACCAAACUGGGAGGAGAUCGACUUGUGGUGCGGAAACACAGGGUGGUGGUUAAGAGGCUUAUCAGGAGGAACCUUCUGUUUGGCGUUCUCCGACGAUGGUGAAGAACUGGCGGGGCUUGACGAAGUCCGCAGCACCGUUUCUAUUACAAGCACCGUGACCGGGUAUGUGGUGGUGCAGCUGAGCCUCGCAGAGUGGGCAGGCUCUCGCUGUAGUCAGGCAGUGCUCUUACCGAGCUUAGAUGACUUUUGCAUCGUGGGCGUUUGGGAGAAGGAUGGUGUCACUGCACGGACCAUCCGAAAGCAGGAGGUCUUUAAGUUCGCCGUGGGGGACGAUCUCGAUCUCGACGGCAUUGGCUUAUGCUGA